CGGUAAUUUAAACCGAAUACAAUUUAAGCAAAUAAUAGGCCAAAAACGUUAAUGAAAUUCCAAAGCGAAUCGAAAUUAGUCGUAAAAACCAUUAAACGAGAAAUUUCGCGAGUGUAAUCGUGUUUGUGUGUGAGUGUACGUGUGUGUGUGCGUGGGUUUGUACAUGUGUUUUUGUGUGUACUAAGCGGCAAAAUCGCUUUGUCAUGUAAUAUCUUUAUGUCGCGCAACGGAUCAAGUGCUUAAACGCUAAGUAAAAGCCUCCCAUGGAUUUAUAUGCAUAAAGGCGAGCACACGCAUGCUCCCCACUCCCCCCCACACACAGCUGGAACGGAGAGGCGUCGUAGAAGCCGCAGAAGUUUAGCCGCGUACACGCAAACGGAUUAGCUGCAACAUAUAAAAGAAAAAAUCAAGACAAACCAAAAUAAAAAAAUAAAAAAAGAAAGAAAACCCAAAGAAACGAAAGAAAAGAAGACGUGAAAAGAAGAACACACUAGCACACAUAUUGAAAAGGAAGAGAACAAGCCAGAGGGCAGCCUCCUGGCUGCGACUUAGCCUCGUGCACGCUCUGCCACCUGUCAUGACGUCAACGCACUGGAAAUGGCCAAGCAAUUAAGCUGUUAACGAUGUACGUGCACUUAAGAGCCGCUCACACAGACAGACAAGCUGCGAGCGAUCUGUAAGGAGAAGCGACCCGUGCAGCUGUGGUAAAUGUUGCUGAUUAAUUUCAAGUGAGGGGAAGUACCUGCACCUGUCUACUGGACGCCGAUUGCGCAACAGCCGAUGACAAGAUGUUGAAGCCGAUUACUUUCAUUAUUGGUAUUUUUUAUUUAGGUUCGACCAUUAAAGGUGCCGUUGCGAUCUUGAACUGCAUUUUGGCCCGUCAACUGUGUUUCGAGGAUCCCUCAUGCUCGGCCAUUUUGGAAAUAAUACCACGCGUAUGCGGACCCAUACCAGUGUCCUGCAGCACGGUGACGGUCACAAAAUGCCAAGCGGCGCUGCGCACGCUGCAGGCAUUUCAAUUCUUUCGCCCCACCUGCCUGUGCAAGGAGCCCGGCAUGGAUCCCGAUUGCAAUCAUUUCCGGGAUUUUCUGUUCGAUCAUCCGUGCGGAUUUGUGCUCAAAAAAGCCGAAAAGGAUCCCUAUCCGAUUGACGCUCUGCCCACGUGCAACCAUGCGCUGUCCGUGUGCCAGCAGGAACGCAAAUGCCUAAAGCUCUUUGAGGACUUCAAGACGCACUGCAAGGUGCGCGAUAAUAAGUGUAAAAUGGAAAACAGGGAUGCCUGUCACGAUGCCUGGACUAAUCUGCGCUUGUCGCCCAUGUUCGGGUGCAUCUGUCCGAAUAAUCAUAUGAAAAAGCGCUGUGAUCGUAUAUUUAAUAUUGUUAAUCACAAUCCGUGUGUGGAUAGAAUAAUAUUUUUCCCCAACGGCUUGCCGAAGCUAAAACCAAAGCCAAAAACGAAGCCGAAACCGACGCGAAAACAGAAACAAAAGCAUGGCCAACGCAUCGGCCACGCCUUUAAUGGCACGGAGCUCUUGUCCAACAACAUCGAGUACCACUAUCAUGACGAGCCCAACAGUGGCAGGGAGCAUCCGGAGGAGGCGGACGCGGAGGAGGACCAGGCGGAAGAUGAGGACGAUUCGGACGAUGAUGACUACGAUGAUCGCAUACGCGCUGAAAUCUAUUCAAACUAUCCGCACUAUUUGCAUCCGCCCUCGUGGGGCAUUAACAACCCGUUGGUGCUCGCCUCCCAUAGUCCGCACACCUCCGAGGACGACGACGUGGUGGUCGACGUGCCCACCACCACCACGCAUCACAGCCACAAGAAGCAGCCACAGUCGCCACCAACCCACACGGACGACCUGGAGCGCAGCGUUGUGGACGAUGUGGUGGUCGUGGUCGACACCGGGCCAGGACCUCGUCCGCACACACACACGCAUCCACACACGCACACGUACUAUGCGCAUGGCGUGGARCCACCGAGCACCGUUGGAACCAUUGCAGCAGGCAGCAGCAGCAGCAGCGGCGGCAGCGGCAGCGGCUUCAGCUCAACCAUAUCGCCUAACACCGGCACCAGCACCAUCAUGCACAAACCAGCACAUCUGGGUGACUUUGUCGCCGGUAGCGAUAUCAUCCACCGCACUCACGCCGCCAGCACAAUGGACGAGAGGGUAAGAAUAUUGGGCAUGGACGAGAAAUUGCAUCAGAGAAUCUUCGAUGAUAAUUUGGCGGUUAUUGAUACGCCGUUAAUAGCGACGGGCGGCUCGGCGAGCAGCUAUAAUUAUCCGGGCUCGGUGUCCAACUCGCUGCACGGCGUGCUCAGCUAUCCGUUCAAUAUAAGCGGCUUUCAUCAGCGCCACUUGGCGGCGGGUGCGUCGGCGACAGGCGCCGGAAAUGAAUCGCCAUUCGAUAUUGUUGAUACGGGCUAUGGCUACGCCGGCAAUGCCAAUGGCAAUGGCAAUGGCAACGGCAAUGGCAACGGAAACGGAAAUGCCGGUGUUUACUAUCAAAGUGGUCAGGACGUUGAAGUUGACCUCUCAACGGAAAUAAUCAAGCAACAUUUUCAGAGUACCUGCCACACAGCACUGGACAGCUGCCGGGAGGAUCCAGCCUGCUCAUCAUCGCUGCAGCCGAUGCUGACGCAUUGCGAGCUGCAUCGCUGCAAUCGCAAUGCGUGCAUGACAGCAUUGCAGUCCUUCUACAAAGGACCGCACGAGGACUUGAAUCUGGACAUUGCCUUUUGUCUAUGCAAAAAAUCCGGCAACAGCAACAACAGCCCCAGCCUGCAGAGCGGCAAUCGGCCCGACAUGUGCAUGAUUGCACAGGAAAAACUGCAUCCCGUCUGCGCUCAGAGGCCGCCCGAUAACAAUAAUCCAGCCAGCUCCAAUGGCAUUUACUACCAUCCGCCGCCCGCUUGCCACGUUGUAGCCGACAGCUGCAAAGAGUUUCGCGAGUGCAGGCUCAAGCUGGAGUAUUAUGAGCAGGCCUGUGCCGUGGACAGUGUGACCAAGAAGUGCGCCGGCCGGCCCAGUGGCUGUCGCACCGCAAUGAUUGGCAUCCUUGGGACCAUGCUGCGCACCACAUGCGCCUGUCAGGGCACCGAUCCACAGCAUCUCUACCAGUGCGUAGGCUGGCGGCGCCUGCUCUGGAUGAAUCCGUGUGUGGUCGAGGCACAAAAGGACUUUCAUAUGAAGCGUCUGGCUGAAUUGGGCUUUCUGACGACGACCACAACGACGACAACAACUACGACGACCACGACCACUACGACUCGUGCACCGCCACCCCCACCGCCGCCGCCGCCAACCACGACAACGACCACAACCAGCUUGCAGCCGAAGCAAACCCCAAGGAAGCCCGCCACGCAUAUCUUCAAGGCAAAGGAGAAAUCAGAGCCGGCAUCGGUGGAACACAAUUAUCUCGAUCCGCCCGACUCAGUGCCGCUGCACAGCGGAAACGAUGCCAGCGGAAAUGGCGGAAAUAACGAUUAUCAUGGCGGCAAUGAACACGACAACAAUCACGGCAAGGGGCAUGCACACGGACACGGGCAUGGCAACGGUAAUGGCAACGGCAAUGCCAACGGCAAUGGCAAUGGCAACGGGAAUGGGAAUGGUAACGGAAAUGGCAAGGGCGACCAUCGGCGACAGGGCAAGAAGAAUGGCAAUGGCCAAAACGCUGGCCUUGGCAGACAGGGCGUAGAUUUCGAUGAUCCGGUAAUUUUUGUUGACCAAAUGGAAACAACAGAGCUGGUGCACAGCAUCAGCCACACAGAGCCGGCAACCACAGCGACCACAACAAUGGAGACCACAACAACAACCCAGCCACCAAGAAACUGUGUGGUGCAGCGACCCCAUCAAAGCGAUCAACACAUCCGCGAGGGCAGCAGCAAGCGGAUCUACUCGUUGGACGACGCCGAGUGCAGCGAGCUGUGCAGCUGCGGCGACUCGCUUACACUCACCUGUCACGCCCUCUGCGUGCCCUUUGCGCCCUGUCGCACCGCCCUGGCGUUCUACAGUCACGCCUCGCCGGCUUAUCAGGCGUUCCGCGGCCGUUGCCUCUGCUACUCGGGACGUUUUAUCUGCAUGAAGCCACCGCUCGGGGAAUACAUUCUGCCAGGAGGCGUCUUCUUGCUGCUGGGCUACAGCGCCGCCGAUGAGGCACUGCUGCGACCCCACACCAAUCUGGGCGUGCAGGAUGCUGUGCGCGCUCUGCAACAAUACGUGACAACCUACAUUAACAAUCAGACACAGUGCACUCUGACGCUGUUCAAUAUGACUGAGGAGAACAUCAUCAUUGCAGCGCGGCUGCCGCACGACGGCAAGCUGAAGGACAUCGAUCUGCUGCGACGUGAGAAGGACGAGUGCACCUCGAUACUGAAGACCAUCAGUCAUCAUAUCAACACCGAGCACAAUGAGCUACAAUCCCACCGACUGUUGAGCAUUUUCAAAAUGUCCGAAGUCGAUGUCGUCUGGCCGGAAAGCACGAGCGCCGCUCGCAGUGGCCAGACAGCGGCCAGCCGCCUGGUCUCCCUGUUGCUGCUCUCGCUGGCCCUAACCGUCCGUGGCACGCUGCGUCUGGCCGAGCAGCCAGCGAGCAGCUGGCGCACUGCCUCAACAUGACACGGCAGUUAAAGCAGCAGCUGCAGCGCUCACUAACUGUAUGUAGUUUAUUUGUAAGCUGGUGUAAGGGGCGAGGGAACGGGGUCAAACGUGUGGCAUACGGGCGCUUUAAGCAGUGCUCACCAAAUACGAUACUAAACUAACAUAAAUACAUAUAUAAUAUCUAUAUAUAUGUUUAGAGUACAUUUAGAGUGUAUGUGUCUGUGCGAUGUCUAAAUGUGUGUGUAGCUAAAGGAAGGGGAAUGUGAAACCUAUAUGAGCAUAAUACUUAAAUAUUCAGCAGCAUUAAAUGUGAGUUAGUUUAGUAUUAGGCAUCUAAACAUAUGAACAUAUGAUCAUAUACAGAUACAUAUACAUAUACCUAUACCUAUGCAUAUGAUAUAAUGAAUUAGCGAAAUGUGUUGUAUACUUUUAGGGGCUAGCAGAUAUUUUGUGCGCUUUGUUGUUAACUGAAGAUGCGAUCUUACUUUUUGAUACGUACUUACAUCUGUGAGGCAUUAAGUACUUGAUACACCAUUCGACUAACGAUAGCGAUAAUGAUAGCGAUAACGAUAACGAUAACGAUAACGAUUAACUUUAUAUACUCAAACAAGUGAGGAAAUGAAACUGCUGUCUAUAUAAUAAUUAUCUUAAAAUUAAUGGAAAUUAUCUACAAUUACUAAUGCUAGCGUUUAA